AUGGACGCCUCUCCCGCCGACGAAAUCAAGGAGACUGCCCAGUCCCACUCUGCUCGUACGCCGCCCCUCCACGCCGCUCUCGGGGCCUUUACUGAUGCCCCCCAAGCCACCGAGCCCCAGGAUGCUGCUGCUGCUGCCGCCCCCGCUGCCGAUGAUGGCCUCGACCUUUCGCUCAUGAAGAAGAAGAAGAAGAAGGUCAAGAAGGAGGACGAUGCCGACACCGCUGCUGAUGAGGCCGCCCCUGCCGAGGGCGACGGUGCUAUCGACCUCACCAUGAAGAAAAAGAAGAAGAAGAAGAUCGUCAAGGAGGAUGAUGAGUUCGCCAAGAAGCUUGAGGCUCUCAACAUCGAGGGCAAGGAGGGCGAGGAGGCCGCCCCCCAGGAGGACGAGCAGGAGGGCGAUAUGGACCAGGGCACCGGCAUUUGGGCCCACGACGAGACCAAGCCCAUCAGCUACAACGCUCUUCUGUCCCGUUUCUUCGCCCUUCUCUCGCAAAAGAACCCCGACCACGCCUCUACCGGUACACGGUCGUAUAAGAUCCCGCCCCCGCAGUGUCUCCGUGAAGGCAACAAGAAGACCAUCUUCGCCAACCUUCCCGAGAUUUGCAAGCGCAUGAAGAGAGCCGACGAGCACGUUACUUCUUACCUUUUCGCCGAAUUGGGUACCAGCGGUUCCGUCGACGGCAGCAGGCGUCUGGUCAUCAAGGGUCGUUUCCAGCAGAAGCAGAUCGAGAACGUUCUGCGUACCUACAUUAUCGAGUACGUUACCUGCAAGACGUGCCGUUCCCCCAACACCGAGCUCUCCAAGGGCGAGAACCGUCUUUAUUUCAUUACCUGCAACUCUUGCGGUUCCAGGCGGUCCGUCCAGGCCAUCAAGACCGGUUUCUCUGCCCAGGUCGGCAAGAGAAAGAAGAUGCAGGGUUAA